GUUUAUUUUGCACAUUUGACAUUUCUAAUGGUGUAACGUCAUUCGGAUUAUAAAUACUUCUACAAAAGUGAUUUUUAUAAAAAAUUAUUUUCUCAUUAUGUCUAUAAAUUUUUAUAAGGAAAUAAUUGAUAAUUAUAAAAAUCUUUAUGAAACCAAGGAAGGAUAUGACACGAAGAUUUAUGCUGGUGAAAAACAAAAUAUAAAAGAAUUUCAUGUUCAUUCCUUCAUAUUAAAAACACAAUCUAAAUUUUUUAAAAGUGCUUUUACGGAAGAAAUUCAAAAAAAGGAUGGUUAUUUUAUUUUAAAUUUAAAUUAUUCACCUAAAAUAUUUGAAAUUCUUUUAAGGUAUUUUUUUUUUUUGUAAAGAUUUUUAAGUGACUAUGAUAAAUGGAUUGUUUCAUAUGAAGAUUUUCAUUUUUUUUUU